AUGUGUCAGGCGUGCCAUGAGAAUGGCCCUGCAUCCGUCUCCGGCGUGCCCAUUGCCAGCUACCUUGCCAAAGCUCGUGCCAAACAGCCCUUUCGACUGCGCCUCUGUCAUGAGCUCCAGGCCUCCAUCUUCUUGGCCCUCAACCGCCAUGGGGCUGCCCCGAACUUGACCUUGCGUGAUAAUCCUGCCCUUUGUCAGCUUCUGUGGGAAGAUGUUGGGUUGGACUUUGCUUAUCAGUAUAGGAUGAGAAACACAAUCCUGGGCAAGUUGACCGACCGCGCGCAAUCCCUUCUUGAAGAAGCUCGGAAAUGGGGAGCCUUUAUCCAGGUCGGAGACACCCGCUGUCUCUGGGAUAACGAGAUCGUCGCAGAGCACUUUUCUUCGCAGGAGAAAGUCCUGCAAUGGAUCAAGACAAAGCGAGAGGAGGCAGCCAAGGUCGCCCGGGAGAGAGAGGCCAAGGAGCCAGAGCCUGGUACACCCUCACGACCGAACCGAGCGAGCGGAGCAGCUUUUUCCCGACAGACACCUCCACGAGCUUCUCAGCGUGGGCUGCGACCCCCCCAGACCCCCUCGAGGACCUCCAUCCGGAGAAGAGGGCCUGGAGCCCAAACUCCAACGUCCAGCCGAAACAUGGGCAUGACCGGGCAGAGGCUUUCACGCAGCCAGGAUACUCCGAGGACCCGACGACACACAUUUUCAGGAACCAUCUUCGACGUGCCUCCGCCAAAGAUGGGUCCACUGGAGGAACUUGCUCAAAGUGUCGAGCGUAUGGGGCUCGAUGAUUCUCCGCUGGUCAACACUUCUAUGCGUCAAUCUUCUGGAAAUGACGCUCAACCGACCAACUUGAUCGAUACUCUGUCAGCACCCCAGCCAGCCUCUCAUCGAGAUGGUCGGCUGAGAUCUCCCAUCCAUCUACCGACUCCCACUUCUACAACCAACGUGGGCUCGGAAGCUCAGAGUCCUGUUGCGAAUUGGUUCAAGGUUGGUCAAGACACUGGCCAGUUCCCAUCCAAGAAGCCUACCCGCUCUCAUAGAAGAUCGUCCUCGGCGCUUCCAGGAACCGGCAACCAACGGUCUGGUGGGCCUCAACCCAUGCGCCUUGACCUUGCUCGCCGGCGAGAACCCCCUUGA